AUGACUACACAUAAGGCACAAGGUCAGACAAUGGACUCCGCAAUUGUUGAUAUCGAGUCUUGUCACGGGACUGAGGCUCCUUAUGUUAUGAUCUCUCGUGUCAAGACACUCGAUGGUCUUCUUAUACUUCGACCAUUCCAGCUGAAGAAAAUACAAUGCCGCCAAUCUCAAGACAAUAGAGUCGAACAGCAAAGGCUA